CUGCCAUACUUGUCACUUGUCACUGAGCUCUCUACCCUUAUCCAUUCUUGGCAAUACCAGAGGAACAGGAAGAAUCAAGAAUGAGAGCGGGCAUGGCUGCUUCGCUUUCAUCUUCUCCCUACACAUGCUCCUCCAAAUCCAUUAUUCUGCGCAAGGGUUACCCCAAGAUCAAAGUUGGAAGGAAUUGCUUCAGAAUUUCUGCCUCCUCAACCUCUGUUCUUGCCGGCGGCUCUCCUCUUCUUCAAGCAGCCGCCAAACAUACUGUGGAUGCGUACAUACAAAGUGGAAUGGUUGUUGGCCUGGGGUCUGGUCAGGCUUCUGGCAUGGCCAUUCAAUAUCUUGGUCGGCUGCUUCGAACAGGAGCUUUAAAAGAUAUAGUAGGGAUACCCAUGUCCAUAACAAGUGCGAGUGAAGCUGCCAAGGCAGGGAUUCCAUUAGACCAGUUCAAUGAUAGUUCUCAAAUUGAUUUUUCAUUUGAUGAUGCUGAUAUUAUAGAAGAAGGAACGCUAAUUGCUGUCAUUGGGCAUAGGAACUCGCAAGUUGAAGAGUCAAUAAUCCAUGAGAAGUCUAUAUUAAAUGCCUCCAACCAGCUUGCAUUCAUGAUCAAAGAAAGCCAAUAUAUGGAUGGCCCAGAGGGUUCAAUUCCAGUUCUAGUGAAUUCUCUUAAUUGGAUGCAAACUGCUGAAGAAAUUGACGAUCUCUUCUUAGGCGAUGCAGAGGUAUGGAGGAGGCCAUCGAUUGGGCAUGCAGGUCCCCUCGGGGGCGACUUCCCACUUGUCACUAGUGAAGGCCAUAACGUUCUGGAUGUCAUAUUUACAUCUCCAAUAUCAAGCUUAGCUGAAGUAGCAGAAAGUCUGGUUCAGAUCGAUGGAGUUGUAGAUCGUGGAGUCAUUUCCAAGUUUCCUUGCACAGCAGUGAUUGCAUCAGAAAGCGGGCUGCAAAUCGUCGAUAAUCUGCAGAGGAAUAUGGCAUAGGGUGAUGAUUGCAGUGUACAGACCAAAGCCAUCACAGGUAAUUUUGCAUGUUCCCGAUGCCCCAACAUAAAUUUUGUGGAAAUUAUGUAAACCAUUUCAAGGGCUACAUAAAAUAUUUCCCUUCUACUGGUAUUAGAUGAAUCUAUUGGUAAUAGUUGACGUUCAAAAUAUUCAAUUUUACGUCAUGCUAGAUCUAUAUAUUCAUCGCAGAGUACUUUAUAUAUCUCGUCAACCAUUUGCCUGUACAUGAUGACACUUUUUAUGUAGAAUGUCAAGUGAUUUGUGUAUU